AUGCAGAACCCUAGCAGCAAUCACCCUGCCCCGCCCGCGGCGGCUGCGGGGAAAUCCAAGUCCUCGGGGCAGGCCGCGGCAGCGGCCUCGGGCCAGGGCCAUCAGCCCUCCCCGGCCACGCCUGCGGCUGCCAAGUCCAAGUCCUCGGCCGCGGCAGGGGCCUCGGGCCACGGUCACAACUCCUCCCCGGCCACGCCGGCGGCCGGCAAGUCCAAGGCCUCGGCGCAUGCCGCGGCGCCGGGCCAGGCGUCCUCCUCCAACCAACCGCACGCCGUUGGCGGCGCUGACGCAGCCGCAUCAAGCCUUAAGCGCAAGCGCGGCGUCUUCCAGAAGGACCUGCAGCACAUGAUGUAUGGCUUUGGGGACGAUCCAAAUCCACUUCCAGAAACAGUUGCACUUGUGGAGGACAUUGUUGUAGAAUAUGUUACUGACCUCAGUAGUUUAUGGUUCCAUAGCCGAGUGAAUCCAUGGUGUGCCUUUUCCCAGGUCCACAAGGCUCAGAAUGUGGCUUCAAAGAGGGGGAAGCUCUUGACAGAGGAUUUUCUUUACCUUAUCCGAAAGGAUAUGCGGAAACUGCACCGUGCUACCGAGCUACUCUCCAUGAAUGAAGAGCUCAAGCAAGCAAGGAGAGCUUUUGAUGUGAAUGAAGAAACACUAGUAGUAACCAAUGAGUGA